AUGGGCGGCGGCGGCGACGCGACGGGGGUGCCCUCCACCGCAUUGGUCGUGCCGCGCGACGACACGGCGUAUGUGGAAUGGCUCGCGUCGGAGCUCUGCAGCGCGACGCAAAACACGACGGCGCCCUGGAGCGUCUGCGAGAUCUGGCGCGCGCAAGGGCGCCAGGCGCGCAUCCCCGCCGGCUGGGGGCCGCCGCCCUCGAACCCGGAACCGACACCGGUGACCGAUGACGACGUCGAGCAGAUCUCGCUCGUGUUCGGCGCCGGCGCGCAGCGCGGCUGCUACUCGCCGAUGCGCGCGCCGAGAGGCCAUACUUGUAUGAGGUGUCUCGAGGACCCGACCGCCAAGAUGUUAAGGGUGGCCUCGCACGUCACUUUCAGUCCUGGUAUUGGUUUAGUUGGUCGAGUGUGGUUGUUAGGCGUCGCCGAAGUUGUGGACGUCCCGGCGGUCGGCGCGUCGUCGACGUACGCGAGGCAGGAGGCGGCGCUCAAUGCUGGAGUGCGCACGGCCAUCGCUCUACCCGUGGUGCCGCCCGCGAAGACGCCGGGCGGGCCUAGAGCUCCCUCGGCCGUCAUCGUCAUCUACUUUGGGGAACGGCUCGUGAGGGCUCCCGCAGCAAACGGCGCCGCGGCGACGCUCGCGCAGACGGUCUUGUGCUCUUUAUUAGAUAGAGCGCGCCUCGCGACGCAGAACGAGGACAUCCCGCCUCCACCUUUGGUCCCCGCGUCGGACGCCACGCCGGCGGGCUGGAAGCCGCCGCCGCUUCCUCCCACCGAUACCACGCCGCCCGACUCGCGGCCGUCCUCUUUCGAGAGCGGUCCGUCGAGCUUUUCCGACAAGGUCCUCGCGAGAAAACUCGCUCGUUCCUUGGCGGGUCAAGGAGCCUCCGGUGUGCACCCGUGUGGAAAUCAACAAGUGAGUUAGGUUCUCGAGCCGAUGGCCGUCACGGGAUCACGUCGCGUCGACGGCGUGGGGCGCCCGAAAUUUGAUUUCCACACAGGUGUCCACCAGUGCCCUAUCUGCUUUGGGGCGGUGGAGACGGCGGCGCGCGUGGCGGGGUGUGCCCACGUCGCCUGCGCGGACUGCCUCUCGCGCUGGCGCGUCACGAAAGACGUGUGCCCCGUCUGCGAGGGCCCCGUGUAUGGCGUUGUGCUCGAUGCACAGUUGGACGCGGAAAACGCGCAGCGGCGCGGCCUCCAGAGCUUCUGA